UAGGAUCUCACGAUAUAUACUUGUCCGUAAAUUGUUAUCCUUCAGUCCUUUCGUGGAAUCGUUUUAAAGUCUCACACUGUUUGUAUUGCACACCCAAUCAUGUCGGAAACAUCACUGGAAAAUCAAGGUCGCGGCGGCUUGGUCGAAUACAUCCUCCGUGGCAACCAAAUCCAAGAUGAUGAGAAUCAAGUCGCCGUUGAAGUUGUCACACCUGGCGCGACUAAGUCUCAUCUCACAUAUGGUCAGUUGAAGAGACUCGCUCUACAGCUAGCUAGUGGCCUUAAGAAGGCUGGUCUUCAACAUGGCGAUCGAGUCAUCCUUGCUAGCCCAAAUGCUCUAAAUUACAUGCCUGUCUUGUUGGCUGUUAUCGCUGCAGGAGGAUGUUUCUUAGGCGCGUCAACUUCUCGGACAACAGAGGAGUUCCAGCAUUGGAUCGAUACUGCUGAGCCAUCAUUCAUUCUAGUGCAUCACAGUAUCGUCGAUAAGUUUACGGCUACGUCAAAUCGUAACGCCCCAUAUUUUGUCCUAGAUGAGUCGCCUGAAGCCACAGACAAGACUUUCCAAAGCGUUCAAGGUAAAGCAUGGCCUCACUGGUCAGCUCUUCUUGAUGGCCAGGCCGAUCUCCAAGCACCACUUCCUCAAUAUACCGACGAGUACCUUGCCAACACGCCAAUCCUCUUCACCAUGACCUCAGGCUCGACCGGAAAACGCAAGGCAGCCAUUCAAACACAUAAAUCGUUGACGGCGGCGAUUUCUUUACUCCUUGAGGCUUAUCCUCCGCCUCCAACACCCCACCGUUUCAUCACCCUCAGCACUUUAGAGCCUGGCCAUAUUGGUCAAACAGGCGAGUCACUGAUGGCGCUCCGACUGCGGCACCGAUUGCUUAUCACCGCGAUUCGGGACCCUGCGACUGUGCUCGACUUGAUACGCACGUACAGGGUGGAUGGAUGUUUCACGAGUCCUUUGGUGCUCAAUCACAUCGCGCACGAAGCUACUCGGGACGAUCUCGUCAGUCUCAAGCUGACCUGGACUGGUGGUGGUACAGUACCCGAAGCUAUCAUGGCUACGGUUCGUGAGAAAUUGCCAGAUGGAUCUGACUUCUAUUUUGGAUAUGGCUCCACCGAGGCAGGCAUCGGCUGUCGUCGUCACGUUCACGACAAGAACGACCAUCCCGCUGGCUAUAUCGACGUCGGCACCUUCGUUCCAAGUGUUCAAGUUCGCGUUGUGGACCCAACAGACGGGACCAUCUUUUCUUCCUCCUCGACUUCCGACAAGGACAUUUUGACUCGAUCCGGCGUUCUCCAGAUGCGAGGCGCCUCCAAUUUCCUCGGAUACUGGCAGAGGCCCGACGCGACCGCGGAGGCGAUCACGGAAGACGGAUGGGUCGAUACCGGUGAUUUGGUCAUUCUGGAUGAGCGGACGAGACAUUGUUGGAUUGUCGGUCGAAAAAAGGAUGUCCUGAAAGUCGGUGGUUCUCAAGUCUUACCUGUCGAUAUCGAGCAAUGCAUCUCCCAAGCGCUCCCGGACACCGUCGAGGAAGUCUGCGUCGUCGGUAGACCCGAUGAGAAAUACGGCGAAGUCCCCACCGCGUUCAUCGUCCCCUCCCGCCGGAACUCCACCGACGCCAACGCCGCUCCAUCUCCCGCCAAGAGCGAGGACGCCAAGCCCAGCGACCUUCUCAUCCAAAGCGUCCACGACGUCGUCAACUCGCAACUGGGCCCCUUGAGCAAACUUGCAGGCGGCGUACACCUCGUCUCCGAAUUGCCGAGAUUGGGGAUCGGAAAAUUCGAUAAGAUGCUCCUCAAGGAACGCGCCAAGAAUCUCCCGCCAGGUGGAGGACAGGGGAUCGUCGCAUGAAUCUGAUUGGAUGGAGUUCGGGGGGCGAGGUGGUCGAGGGUGCAAUGCGGCGAGAGAUGGAAUUGUCGCUGCGUGGAAGCCAUACCUUUUUGGAGCAACGGUUAAAAUGCCUCCCCAUCAAAAGUUUUGAGAAACGAAAAGUGGAAGACUGGUAGUG